AUGGCGGCCGCAGUCGUCGCCCCUCGCCGCGCACCCACCGUCGACCACGACGACCUGCUCGCACUGUCCCUCCACCACGACGCCGACGACGACUACGACCCCCUCCCGACCACCCCAGACUGGACCGCAGACCUCGAGGACCUCGUGUCCCUUCAAGUCGCCCAACAGCUCCACUCGAAACGCUCCCACCCCGCCCUGCACCCACCGCCGUCCUCGCCCCCUCGACCACCGCCAUCCGCCUCCUCCUCCCCCACAUCCUUGGCCUCGCCGCUCCAGCACCGCUCGCCCUCGCAGCCGCCGGGCAGGCGCCGCCCGUCGGCCAUCCCGACCGCCGCCGCUACCAAGAGUCGCAGCUCGAGCCCCGAGCACCCUCGACGAGGGGCGUCGCCGGCCGCGCCGACCCCGGCGCACGACGACGGCCUCGACUUGAGCGCCGACGAUGACGGGCACGGGUGGGAGACGCUCCAGGUCGGCGCGCAACCGGUGACGACGGCGACACCGACAGCGUUGCCGGUCGCGGCGCGCCGCACCUCGCCCGCGCCGCCCUCCUCCACCCCGACGCCAACAACGCGCACGCCCAAGCCGCUCGAGUUUCCCUCACCCGCAUCCGCCAAGUCGCGCAGCUCGCCUCGCGCGCCCGCUACCGCAUCGGCAGCAGGCGCCCCGACCUCGACCUCGACGCCGACGCCGCGCCGGCGCGCCGUCACCCAGUCGCCGAGCAGAGCGCUCGGCACGCCCUCGCCCUCGUCCUCGAGUGCGCCCGCCGGCGGGCCCGCCUCGUCCCGCAGCACCCGCCGCGCUCCAGGUACCUCCAACAGCGCGUCGGCCUCGCCCUCAGCCGGCGCCCGUACGGGCCCUCCUCCUCGGCGCAAGAGCCUCUCGACCUCCUCCCCGCGCACGCACCCCUCGGCCUCUACCACCACCGGCGCGAUGCGCCGCAGCCCGUCGUCGGACCGGAUCCGCGCCGCAGCGCGCCUCGCCGCCGCCGCGAACGACGCCGACGCGCCGCCACCGCCGCUCCCGCACUGGCACGACUCGCCCGCGCCGCUCGUGUACCGCACGAGCCAGGGCGAGCUCGCGUUCGCGUACGACGAGGGUGGCAGUGCGGGUGUGGCGGCUGACGGUGAGGGAGAGCGGGGCGCAGAGGGAGCGGCGCCGAGAAAGGUGCGCCGGCCCGAGGACCGCGUCCUGCCGGCUGUCGCGCGCCGGCUCGAGGCAGAGCGGCUCGCGGCGCUCGCGGCGGCGCAGGCGCGCGACGACGGGGGCGCGGCGCUGCUCGUGAGCGAGUGGAGCAGGGAGGGGACGCCGAGGAGGGGCGUCGAGGUGAGGGUUGGCGGCGGGGCGGCGAGGGGGCGUGAGGGGCUCGGUGGGCCGCCGCCGCCGCUGCUGCCGCGAGAGCGGGGUGAGGCCGAGGCGGAGGAGGGGGACGGACGGCGAGCGCGGGAGGAGAUGGGCGACGAGCAGGCGCAGGCGCUUGCUGGCUCACCGACGGCGACGAGCGACGACGCCCCACCGCCUCCUGCUCUGCCUCCCGCCGUCGUCGACCCUCGCGACGACUCGACCCCGCACCCGCACCCGCACGCGCGGCCCGACUCAGCGCCACCCGCCGCACGCGCCCCUGCGCCCUCCUACCCUCCUCGCCCAGCCUCGCCCGCCGCGCCGCCGCCGCCGCCGCCGCUCCCGCCCAAGGACGACCUCGACGCGCCCGGGGCCGCAGGAGGAUGCUGCCGCUGCGUCGUGUCGUGA